AUGGCAGAGCCAAGUCAUGAAUUUCUUCCGCCGUUAACUUCAACCGCCGGCGGCUGCAAUCCACAGAUUCCGGCUGAUAUGGAAAUGAUUGAUGAUAAACUACCACAGCCUUUGCAGAAGAAAAAUCGUUAUUCCUUUCUGGCAACCGUUGUGGAAGUUGAUAGCAGCAAGGGAAGUUUCGAGAUUUCGUCAAUGGAGGGCAACAUUGUUUGGCCAAAACACCAUGAAAAGAACAAAAAGAGUGAGGUCACUGUUUUAGUCAUUGGAAUUGAUGGUCGCAUUCGAGGAGGACCUGUGCGAAGCUUGAUUGCCAAAUCUCCUACCAAGGUGAUCGUUAGCCCCACGAAUAAAAAUGUUAUACAGAACAUGGCAUGUAAAGAAUACCAGAAGGAAAAUGAGGUUUCGAUCUUCCAAUUCCAGGACCAAGCUAAACGUAUGGAAGAAGUAAUGGAUCAGAUCUAUAAGGCUACAUUGAAGGAGCUCAAUCAAACAAAUUAA